AUGAUGCCACUCUCCUUCAUGGAUGAUGGGACCAUUCUGGCCCAGUCUAAACAACUUGAUGAUAAUAAUGUGGGCCUAUGGAAGGCCUAUAAAAUUAUUUACCUCCUCUUUGUUGCUUUCGCGCUCAUUCUUGAACAUGACAAGACCAAGCUGUUUCACUUCUCGCACCGUUGCGAUGCAUAUAAUCCUUCGCUCGAUCUGGGGUAUGCCCCACACACAGGCAAUACACCUCUUAAGCCCAAGACCUAUUGGAGGUACUUGGGCUUCUACUUCGACUGCAGGCUCACGUUCCAUGAGCACGUUCGCUACUAUGCCACCAAGGCAUUCACCACUGUGCAGGCCAUGCGCAUGCUCAGGAACUCCACCAGAGGACUUUUGCCUAAACAGCGACGCCUCUUGUAUAGAUCGUGUGUGGUCCCUAUUGCCACAUAUGGCUACCGUCUCUGGUACUUUCAUGGUGCCUGUAACAAAGGCACCAUGAACCAGCUCAAACAGAUGCAGCAGAAAGUUGCUCUAUGGAUUACAGGUGCCUUCCGCACCUCACCUACAGGCGGUCUUGAGGCCUUGGCAGGUCUCAUCCCCAUCCACCUAGUGCUGAAGAAGUUGGCAACGCAUGCAGUGUAUCACGUUGCUACCCUCUCAGACACUCACCUUCUUCGCUCUAUGCUGGGCGAGAGACUCCUCAAAUGGGCUGAACCACAUGCCUGCUCAGCCACCUUGAUGACCCCGACCAUGUGGGGGAGAGUCAAGAGCACUGUCAUGGAGGUGGAUGAGUACGUCCACGCCUUAACUGAGAGCUUCAAGCCCUUUGUGCCCGAAGCUCACCCUGGUGAUCAGUUACUGGACUGCUUUGUGGACCGUCUCCAUUUUGACGAGUGCAAUCCUACUCAGGAUAGGCGCCCGUACCUCGACAAGCUCAUCGCUAUUACGAGAGCCGACCCAUUAGUACUGGCUGCAACUGAUGGCUCUGUCCCUCAGUCCAACCAGUAUCAGGCAGCUUUGGCAGCCAUCAUCUACAAGGAACAUCGUGAGCUCGAGAGGACUCACUAUGUCUCUGGCAGAGUCACCGCCCCUGAUGCGGAGCUCAAUGCCAUUGCGUGUGCAGUGCACCUUGCUGUUAAGCAGGCAAACUGCCAACAUAUCAUGGUCUUUACUGACUCUAUGGGCUCGGCCCACAGAGCAGUAGACCCUUUUGCCUGCAUCCACACCUUAACUGAGAGCUUUGAGCCAUUUGUGCCUGAAGCUCGCCCUGGCGAUCACCUACUGGACCGCUAUGUGAACCGUCUCCACUUUGACAAGCGUGAUCCUGCUCAGGAUAGGCGCCCAUAUCUUCACAAGCUCAUCGUGAAUGGGGCUGACCCUUUAACAGUACUGGCUGCAACCGAUGGCUCUGUUCCUCAGUCCAACCAGUAUCACGUGGCCUCAGCUGCCAUAAUCUACAAGGGACAUUGCAAGCUUGAAAGGACUCACUAUGUCUCUGGCAGAGUCACCGCCCCUGAUGCGGAGCUCAAUGCCAUAUCGUGUGCAGUGUGCCUGGCUGUCAAGCAGGCAAACUGCCAACAUAUCAUGGUCUUUACUGACUCUAUGGGCUCAGCCCACAGAGCAGUGGACCCCUCCAUACACACUGGUCAGGCUUUUAGUCUGUCAGUCUGUCACGCUCUCCAAGAGUGGUUCGAGGCGGACAAUCUCCACCACAUCACCUUCGUCUACAUUCCAUCUGCUCUGCGGUGGGACAUCCAUGGUGAGGCACACAAGUACAUCACCAAACUUAAAGUCAGGAUUGGACACCGCAAGAUGGACAACUCUAUAGACACGCUGCGCUCUCGAGCCACACACUCAGUCCUGGACUUGUGGAGUUCCACUUUCCAGGAUCCAACUUACCGAGGCUCUGAAUUCCUAGAGCUUCAAUGGCCUGAUGGGCAGCUGAUACAGCCAUCGUACCUCAAUGGGGGACCCUGGCUCUCAACAUUCGGACACAGUAUCACUGAGUUUGCUCACGUCUGCUGGAGCAUAACUGGCCACACACCCAUUGGAGUGUAUUACCAUCGCUUCAAGAUUAAUGAGCCUCACAGCUGCACCUGCGGGGCUGCAUUGCAGGAUAUUGCAUCGUUUCUGAAGCACAACCCUACGGCGUUUGGCUUCAACCGGGACCCCUUGGGUGUUGGAUAA